CAAGGCAAGGCGACGAUAGCGAGUUGUGUCAGCAAUCUUGCCAAUACCAUUAUCGGAUCCGGAGCGCUUGCAUUCCCCUCGGUCUUUGCAUCAAUGGGCCUCAUCCCCGCCUUCUUUUCCUGCAUCUUUGCCGGCGCAUGCUCCGCCUUUGGGCUGUACCUCCUCUCCCUCUGCGCCCGUCAAGGUUAUGAGAAACCGGAAGCUAGUUUCAAUCAGAUCGCCAGGUUGACUUUUGGGGAAGGAUGGGCGACGAGGUGUUUCGACGCUGCGAUCGCGAUCAAGUGUUUCGGGGUCAGCGUCAGUUAUCUAAUCAUCGUCAAGACUUUGAUGCCCCAGGUCAUCCUCUCCCUCUCGCACCACCUCCCCAGCGAGACCCUCCCGGAAGACUCGAUGUGGCUAGACGGAAGACUCUGGCUCUUGUUCUCCCUGGUCAUCGUCGGUCCACUGAGUUAUCUGAGGAGGAUGGAUAGUCUGAGGUUUACGAGCCAGAUCGCCUUAUUGAGCGUGGUCUACCUAGUCAUCAUCGUCGUCGGCUGGUGGGCUCUCGGAGUGCCGACAGGGAAAAAGAGGGGGGACGUCGUCCUCGGCAGAUUCGGGAGCUCGACCUUGGGUUCAUUCCCCAUCCAGAUCUUUGCCUAUACAUGCGCCCAGAACAUUUUCGCAUGCUUCAACGAGCUCAAGUUCAACACUCAGGCUAGGAUGAACAAGGUCAUCACCGUAUCGAUCGGAUCGGCUGCGAUCACGUACGAGGUCCUCGGAAUCGUGGGUUAUCUGACCUUUGGGCAGGGCGUCAGCAGCAACGUGAUCGCCAUGUACCCUUGGACUUCGGUCAUCAUCGCCAUCGGCCGUCUCGGAAUUGUUCUCCUUUCGGCGCUGUCUUACCCCUUGCAAGCGCACCCCUGCCGUGCGUGCAUACAUACUCUGACUGCGGGCUUGCGCAAGAAGAGCCAGUCGCCAGACGAUAGCGUCACCGCGGCGGACGAUACGGACGAGGAGGACGAGCUUAUGAAUGAAGACAAGGACGAUCACGGACUGCCUGUGGGCAAACCUAUGGGUCGAAAGAAAUUCUUGACCAUCACCACCGGGAUCAUCGUGUUCGGAUUCGCCAUCGCCAUGGUCAUCGAUGAGCUCGAAACAGUCUUGAGUUUCGUCGGAUCGACCGGUUCAACAAUCAUCUCCUUCAUCCUGCCCGGAAUGUUCUACUUUUCGCUCUUUCGACACGAACAGGGUAUUACGAAAUGGAUGGCUCUAACCCUAUCGAUAUAUGGUAUCGUCGUGAUGGUAUUCUGGUAAGCCGUUGCGCCAAGUACGCGAAUGCUGAAGAUACCAUCAAGCUGAAACGUGUUGUCUCGUUGGUAGUCUAUCUUUCAACAUCUACAGACUGGCUCAUCAUCAGGCCAUCAAGCAUUAGAGACCGCGAAAUCUUGUACAUUAUGUAUUUGCAGAUAUUAGACGCAAUCAGUGGAAGACGAUAUGGGCACUGUCCAGGAUCAGCUUAUGUCGACCUGACAAAAGCCAGACGUUGCUUCAAGACGCGCAGGUCCAUUCGAGGUUCCGCUUGACGAGGCGAUAUCAACGCCGACGAAGACAUGAUUCA